AAAUAUGGGAGUAUUCUAGAGUAAAAAAGACACAAGCCACGCUCGGGUUGCCUUAUACCUUACCAGUAUUAAUACACUUGCUUCCACUUAGUCAAAAGAACUCGCUCAGCUCCUCUUAAGUACAGCGUUUUGCUGUUCUUCUGCGAAAGUCUCACUUUCCAACCAAUAAAAUUGGUUUUUUUUUUCGCUGAAACGUCCCCAACGCCGUCAUGUCGUCGCUUAAUCCAUGGGUCCCGGGGACGGCACUCGAAGUCAACGUGACAAUGCGUCUAUGCGAGCCACCUAAGCUCUUUUGCCCUCUCUGUUCUAAGCCGUACACUAGAACCAGGGAUCUCAUGAAACAUAUAUUGUGGCCAGACAAGCAGCACUCGAAAACGCCAUGCGUCCCCUUCGCGGAAGGUUCACAGGGACCUGUCCAGGCCUUUGACUCGGUGAAUCACGGUUUCAGUAACCCGGGCCUGCCCCAACAGCAGGGCCAGAACAGAGCUUUCAGUCUUGACAGCAGCUUCCCUCACAUUGCCCCAUCCACUCCAAACUUGAUUCCAAACUCGGUGGUAUUUGGUCCGAACGAACCGGCUGCGCUUCAGGGGGGGACAUACGGGACCGUUUCUCAGCAACCUCCUCAGCAAUCGGUGUUCUAUCCAUCAUAUGGAACGCCUACUCCUGGGGGAAACAUGUACCCUAUGGCUCCAUCCCCUUAUGCUACCGCGGGGAGCCUGAACGAGAUUCUCACGACCACUAUUUCGCAAGACGAGUCGGCCGCUAAUCCAGUUGGUUCAGGCAGCAAUUACAGUGCCGACGACGCCGAGCCCGAUGGAUCGGGAGGAAAUUCUUCAUCGACCUGGGAAGGUUACGAUACAUCGAAGUAUUCAUCGGCCUGGGACAGACAAUUUUAACAAAGCUAACCUGUCGAGGGCGAGACCAGUUGCUAUCCACCUGAAUCUAAAUAUUAGUUUGUGGGAAUGGAUAUCAAUUGGCAACUCACGUGGUACGCAGGAGUUCUGAAGAGGUGGAGAGUAGGUGUGGAUGUUUGCAAGAGUGACGGGAUGAGAGGAACGAGACAUGACUUUAAACAUUGCUUUUUAGGGAGAAGAUUAGAUUUUCUGGAUUAGUUUAGUAAACUGAAGUUGAGACAUUCGUUACCCAAGUGUCCCGUUCCGUCCACGUUCAACCGGCUUGAUAAACCGUCAGCUAAGAACUCGCGCAAGGGGAUAGAUGCCUGUGAAGGCCAAUUAUUCUU